AUGGCGUAUAUUGAUAGAACAGAAGAAUUUAGAUUAGCAUCCAAUGUUCAUAUGGGAAGUGCCGUUCAGCCAAGAGUCAAUCUUCCUCCUCCGAACUUUUCCGUGUCUAAUUUUUCGAAAGUCACUGCAUCUCUGUCAAACCGUGUGAGUAAAACGACACUCAAGUUGCAAAGACUCACAGAUCUUGUUAGAAAGAAAAGUUUGUUCGAUGAUAAAUCCACAGAAAUUAACCAGCUUACUGGCUCUAUCAAGUCUGACAUUACCAGUAUUAACCUGGAACUGGAAGAAUUGGAAAAAUUCGUGCAAAUGCAAAAGUAUUCCUCUUCACAGAGCCGAGAAUACGAUCAGGGAGUUGUGGAAGUGCUAAAAGAAGAGCUCAUGGGAACGACGAAAGAUUUCCGGAAAGUUCUGGAGGUUCGUCAUGAGAAUCUCCAAGAAACGGAUAAACGACGCCAGCGCUUCGGUGGUUCAGCGCCCGAUAUGCUGGGCAAGCCCAUCGUCUACAAGUCUCGCAAUGUAUGCCUCGCAGCCUGUUUAUGAGCAGCAGACAACGCCCGUGGAUCAAGGCGACGAGAAACAGCCGUUGCUUUCUUCAACGCCACAGGUAGGAGUGGGAUGGGAAGCUAACAGGAAGAAGGAAACUCCCUCGUUCUCAAUCCAAACGAGCGAUGUGAUCGCGAACGACUAUCUACACGAGCGAGCACAGGCUGUUCAGGACAUAGAGGCACAUAUGACGGAACUGGUAGGGGAGAGGAAGCGUCUGAACGGAAGGGGAACAUUUUCGAGCGAUUGUCGACGAUGAU